CCAGCGAGCUCUUGCUGAGGGCGCUGCUGUCGUUGGUGUUCUGCACGGCCCCGGCCCGCCGCUCGCGGCUCCGCGGGCCCAUGGCCGGAGACACUAGGAGAUGCGGCCCUCGCCAGGUCUCCACUCAAACGGAGCCCGCCGGCCUCGGUACGAAACCUUCUUCCGGGUACUACACGUCACUUCCGGGCCGAGCGCUCUCCGCCAAUCAAGGCCGAGGAGGGUGUUGCUUGCAUUAGAAUUGAACCGCUGAGGAGCUGCUUACUUCGUUUUCGCCGGUGACAGUUCGCGUUUGUCCUCGCUUUUCUACAAGCCUUUCAGUCUGAAGGGAAAAGCACUUACGUUCACAGCUGAGAACCUCUUUAAGAGGUGAAAUUGACCCCAAAGCUAGCACGUUGAAGUAAAGCUAUCUGAAGAAAAUCUAGGAUCUCAGAAUUUCUUUCUGAAAUACACUGUAUUGUUCAAGCCAAGAAUAAGAGUGCAGAGGUUUUCUAACUCUGCUGAAAUCAUGAUGGAGGUUGAAGAACAGCAGCAGCCAUGGAAGACAGACUUUUACAUGGAAUUGCCAAAAGUGGAACUUCAUGCCCACUUGAAUGGAUCCAUUAGUUCCAAUACCAUGAAGAAAUUGAUAGCAAAGAAGCCAGAUCUUAAAAUCCAUGAUGAGAUGACUGUGAUUGACAAAGGAAAGAAAAGAACCUUAGAAGAAUGUUUCCAGAUGUUUUCAAUUGUUCAUCAGCUUACUACUAGCCCUGAGGAUAUCCUAAUGGUCACCAAAGAUGUCAUUAAAGAAUUUGCAGAUGAUGGCGUCAAGUACCUGGAACUGAGGAGCACACCCAGAGGCAACAGUUCUACUGGAAUGACUAAGAAGACUUAUGUGGAAUCCAUCCUAGAGGGUAUAAAGCAGUCCAAACAGGAAAAUUUAGAUAUUGACGUUAGGUAUCUGAUGGCAAUUGACAGAAAAGGUGGUCCUAAAGUAGCCAGGGAGACUGUUAAACUUGCUGAAGAGUUCUUCCUUUCUACAAAGGAUAUAGUUCUUGGCCUUGACCUCAGUGGAGACCCUACUGCAGGACAAGCCAACGACUUCUUGGAACCUCUUUUAGAAGCUAAAAAAGCAGGUCUGAAGUUGGCACUCCAUAUUGCAGAGAUUCCAAAUCAGAAAAAAGAAGCAGAAAUGCUCCUGGAUUUGGUUCCUGAUAGAAUUGGGCAUGGAACAUUUCUCAACUCCUCUGAGGGGGGACCCCUGGAUCUGGUAGACUUCGUGAGGCAACACCAGAUACCCCUGGAGCUUUGUUUGACCUCAAACAUCAAAAGUCAGACAGUUCCAUCUUAUCAGCAGCAUCACUUCGGAUUCUGGUACAGCAUUGCUCAUCCUUCUGUGAUCUGUACUGAUGAUAAAGGCAUCUUUGCAACAUGCCUUUCUCAAGAAUACCAGCUGGCAGCUGAAACAUUUAAUUUGACCCCAUCUCAAAUGUGGGACCUGUCUCAUAAAUCCAUCAACUACAUCUUUGCUUCUGACAACACCAGAUCUGAACUGAAGAAGAAAUGGAAUCACCUGAAACCCAAAGUGUUAAACUUCUAAGCUGAAAUGGGAUGAAUUGCUAUUGAUACAUAUAUUGUAAUUAAGGUCUUCCUGCCAUAAUCCACUUAGUAAACUGACCACCACUUCUUUGAAACCAUAGCAGCCAGAGCUCUUAACACCAGCACCUUACACACGGUAGGUGCUAAUAAAUAUCUUUUUUUUUUCUUUCAAGGUGGGCUCUUGCUGUAACCCAGACUGACCCGACCUGGAAUUCACUUUAUAGUCCCAGGAUGGCCUCAAACUCAUAACCCUCCUACCUCGGCCACCACGCCCUGCUACAAAAAGAAUGGGCAUCUAGCCACUACACCAGACUCCAGAUGCAUGUGCCACUUUGUGCAACUGACCUUAUGUGGGUACUUGGGAUUCAAACUCGUGUCUUUAAGAUUGCAGGCAAGCACCAUAACUACUGAGCCAUAUGUCCACCCCAGUAAAUGUCUUUUUGUUUUGUUUUUUUUGAGGCAGGGUCUCACUAGGCCACACUGACCUAGGAUUGGCUAUGUAGUGUCAGGGUGGCCUUGAACUCACAGCAAUCCUCCUACUUCGGCCUCCUGAGUGCUGGAUUAAAAGCGUGCACCACCGCACCUGACCUAAAUGUCUCUUUUAAAUAUACCUAAGCAAGCGAUCAUAAAGCUCCAAUAUAUAUGUUUUCUCUUGUAACAUGGCCAAUUCUAGAUACUACCAGAUUUAGAAGAGGUGUAUUAUACUCACUUAUAAAGGAAUCUUGGGCAGAAUCUUAGAGAAUAGAUAAUGCCAAUUAAUUUCAUGAGUUUAGUAUAAUAAGAGUUUAAAUAUUUGAUAUGAGAGAUGACAUCUCAUAAAUAUGUAUGUAGAAUUGUACUUGAUGUUGACAGUUCAAAUAAAAGUUGUAUAUUUUUCUGUGCUCUA